AAAUAUGAUUGAAUGCUGCAGUGGCAAGGAGUGACCUUGAGCCAGGAUCUCUUUGAGAAUCCAUACUCUUCAAAGAUUCCUGUGGAGUUGGAAUCAUUGCGAACAAGGUUGACAAGAUUGGAAUCGCAAAUUCCUUGUGAUGAAGAUGCGCCGCUCAUCAACUUUUCCCUGAAUGACUUGCUGAAGCAACAGCAGAAAGAAAAGGAAAAGAAGCACAUGCUGUCUUUGUCGGCGGUGAAAAGCAAGGUGAAAUACUCGUUACAACCGCGUCUUGUUGCUCCACUUACUGGUUUUGACUCUGUAGGACUCCAAUGGCGAGCACAAUUCGGCUAUACAUAUCAAGUUUAAAUCUACAGUAGAGCAGCUGAUCGAGGAUUACAACUUGAGCAAGUCGGGACCAAAGCCCAGGAUCUUGACAGUGCUGGACAAGGCGCGUGAUGCAUUGCAGAGGAUUAACGAUGAAAGGAGCGAGAUCGGGAGGAAGGAAGGAAAUCGAAUCUCGAUCUCAAGCGUCAGCAGCUCAGCCUCUUCCUCUGAACGAUCUACUGCAACUUCUUCGUACAGCAGCUCUUCGAGUAUCAGUUACGAUCUGUUACGACGCCCCUUCUCUGACUAUGCGCUGAGUCGAGGGAACAGCUCCUAGUGCUGCUCUCAACGCUCUAUCAGCUCACGCCUCGUUGCAGCAGCCCAUUACUCGUGUAAAUUCUUCCUGUAUUAUUGUGUUCAACGCAUGUAAAGAGAAUGAUGGAAUAAAGUAAGUCAAGCCC